CACCGCCCAACGGGCAGCCAGGCGCCGCAUGCCCAACUUGACCGUCGACGACCAGGACAGCCGCGUCCUGUACGCCGGCCCGUGGUCCCACUUUCGCGGCCUCCCCGGCGACAAGUACAACGCGUCCGACUGGCUCGGCGGCACCUUCUCGUCGUGCGGCACUGGGGAAGGGACGGGCAGCGGCAGCGGGAGCACCGGCGGGAGCAAGAAGAGCGGUGGGCCAGGGUGCGAGCUGAGGGUGAGCUUCGAAGGGACGAGCGCGGCCUUGUUCGGCGACACGAACGGCAAGCACGGCCAGUUCAGCUGCCGGUUGCUCGACGAGCGAGGACAGCCAGAGGGCCUGUGGGGGUGGUACGACGGCGGCAGCAGGUGGUGGUGGCCGUACCAGCACAACGCCGUCCUGUGCAGCGUCUCGAGCUUGCCCUACGGGGAACACACGCUCGUCCUCGACGUUCAGCCGGACCAAGUCGCCGACGGCAUCGCCUUCGACUACAUUACGAGCACUGACGACGUGCCAGAAGGAACCGCGACGUUGUGGAGCAGCGACUUUAACGACGCCGUGCCGCCCUCGGCCUACCGCAACACGACCGCGCUGCCUUUCCUCCCCGUCAACACGGCCUCGUUCGCCCCUGCGCCCUCGUCGACCUCGCCUUCUUCCUCCUCGGGCGUCAACAAGCUCGCCGUCGGCCUCGGUGCCGGCCUCGGCGGCUUCUUCGCCAUCCUAUCGCUCGUCGCGCUCGGCAUCUUCUUCGUGCACCGCAAGCGGCGGCAACUGCGCUCGCGAGCGUCGCACCGCCACGAGGCCCUCGGCAGCUACGACGCCGACUCGACGUGGUACCCGGAGCCGGCGAGCGAGGCGGGUCAGCUCGGCGGCCUCUCGCCGGCUUCGGCGAGAGGGGCAGACGGCGAGGGCACGGGCCGCGAGCCGGGGCACCAGGCGCCGACGAUGACGGGCGCGCGCGUGAGCUACGCCGACUCGCCUCCGAGCCCGCGCGGCUACGAGUCGUCGCCGGCGAGUGGGACUGGGUACGAGGCUUGGACGCCCGAGGGCACGUCCGGCCCUGCGACGUUCGACUCGAGGACACCUUUCGUCUAUCCCGCUCUCGGCGCCCCUCCUUACGGCUACGACCAACCGGCCGCCUACCCUCCUCUCGGCCCUCCCUCUUCUUCCGCCGCCCCUCUCCUCGCCCCAGUACCCGUCGUCACUGCGCCAGUACCUCACAGCGUCCGACGCUCGUCGGCGGUGCCGUCGGGCUACUCGUCGCGCAACUCGCGCGUGUCGACCGUCAUGGACCUCCCGCCAGAUGCGCCUCUCGAGGACCCGCAGUCGUUCGCCGAGCGAUAGCGACUCGCGCCACUGUACCACUCGAGACUCGCGAGCAGCAGCAGACACUUUCAGUUAUCACAGUCCGUCGCCGUCGCCGUGCAAGGACACUUUCAUCGUCUCGUG